AUGAAGGUGCACAUCUUUGGUGAGGUGUGGAGCCCUUCAUGUGCAAUUUACGCUCUCCGGCGCACAUUCCAAGACCACAGAUCCGAGUUUCCCGAAAUGGUGGCGCAAGCGGAAGUCAACUUCUACGUUGACGACCUGCUCAUGUCGCUGGACUCAUCAAAUGAAGCACCAAUGUUAGCGUGUCAGCUUCGAAGACUGUUGGCGUGUGGAGGAUUUCGGUUAACUAAGUGGGCCAGUAAUCACAAAGGAGUGUUGGCUACCAUCCCACCGGAGGAGAGGCAAAAUGCACUGAAGGAAAUUGAUCUGAGGCAAGACAAAUUGCCAAUGGAGCGAGCCCUGGGGGUUAGGUGGCUCCUGGAAGGUGAUCAGCUCGCCAUCAAGGUGCAACCAAACUCAAGGCCAGCGACCAGGAGAGGAGUACUAAGUCUGGUCAGUUCUAUUUGUGACCCACUGGGGUUCGUGGCCCCAUUCAUCAUCAGGGCUAAAAUAUUAUUUCAGUGUGAAUGCAGGCGUCGAUUAGGGUUGGACGAACCUUUAUCAGCUGUUAAUCACACGACCUGGAGCACCUGGCUAGGAGAACUGGCCCACCUAGGGAAAUUAAGGGUACCCAGAUGCCUAAAAACAGCAUGUGCUAAAGAACUCAUCUCAGCACAGCUGCACACCUUCUGCGAUGCAUUGCAGGCUGCUUACGGUAAGGUGACCUAUCUGAGAAUGGUAGACGCUGACGGAAGUAUCCAGUGCUCUUUCGUGUACGGACGGGCCAAGCUGGCCCCAAUCAAGUAA